UGCCCUGUGGUUCUUGCAGACUCCUAGCAAAGUGGCAUUUGGAUUCUCUCAGGAGCCAUGGCACAGAACCGGCUGGUCAUUUGCCUCCUGGUUAUCAUCUUGUUCCUGGACCAGGCCACCAGUCUCCCAACCAAGGUCAAAGCCAGGAAGCACAGCAAGCGUCGAGUCAAAGAGAAGGAUGGAGACCUGAAGACCCAAGUGGAAAAGCUCUGGAGAGAAGUCAACACCUUGAAGGAGAUGCAAGCUCUUCAGACAGUCUGUCUUCGAGGCACCAAAGUUCACAAGAAAUGCUACCUGGCUUCCGAAGGCUCGAAGCACUUCCAUGAGGCCAAUGAGGACUGUAUUUCCAAGGGAGGGACGCUGGUCAUCCCCAGAAACAUGGACGAGAUCAAUGCACUCCGGGACUAUGGCAAGAGAAGCCUGCCGGGGGUCAAUGACUUUUGGUUGGGCAUCAACGACAUGAACACGGAGGGCAAGUUUGUGGAUGUCCAUGGCUUUGCCUUCUCCUUCUCCCAUUGGGACCGAGCCCAGCCUAAUGGGGGCAAGCGAGAGAACUGUGUUCUGUUCUCCCAAUCAGCGCAGGGCAAAUGGAGCGAUGAGGUCUGCCGCAGUAGCAAGCGAUACAUCUGCGAGUUCAUCAUCCCCUAA